GCUUCCCGUUUCCUGUGUGGUGCCAGUGUCACUAGCUGCCGGCUGGGUGCCAGGCUCUAGUUAGGGCUUCUUUUUACCACUUCAUAGUCUAGGCUCCUUCAAGAAGCUUCAAGUGUUCCUCGAGGUUCCUUCCCUUUCCUCCAGCUUCCAUCUGUCACUCCAUUUACUGACGUCCUUCAGGAGGCUCCAGGAAUUCCUCAAGGGCGUGAUGAGGGGCGCCCCCAAUCUCUCGGUGAGGAGAAGGUCGUGUCAUCAUGUCGCGUUAGGUCGCCGCCUUCAGGAGACAGUAAUCCUAUGGCUGAUGGUGAUGGUGGUGAGGGUAGUUACUGACGGUGGCGUGGACGAACCGAAGAACUACUUACAUAAGAAACAAAGAAGAAUGUAAUUAUGAUCUGGCGAAGAAAAUCCUCAAGUGUAAUGUAACGGACAGCCUCAAGACCUCAGUGCUGAUCAAACAGCAGUGGAGCGACUUUGAGGAAGUGGAGAUCGACAAUGCCCGGUCACUAACUAUCCAAGAACAACAAGGAGCCAGCAAGUUUAAGCUCACUAUUCUGGAUUCCCAAAACAUCUACAUAUCGGCUGAUAGUGACGCGGAAAAGGUGCGUCUAUAUAUGGAACGGUGUAAGGCGGUGAAAAUCACCAGCUUGGCCAACUUAAUCAAUGUUCAGCAGUCGGAUAUACGUUCAGUCAACUUGGACCCAGUAAUGCAGUUUGAUUUUACAGAGUCGCGUGUAACAGACCUCUCAGUGCGGGCGACAGAUCAAAAGUGCACCAUCAUCAACUGUACCAUUAACAUCAUGAGGCGAGUAGUGCUUGAAGGUACAUUCAGUUUCCAGGUCAGUGACAGCGUUAUCGAUGAUAUCGUUCAACUCAACUAUACAUCGGACUUUGAUGCGUCCAUGAUGUCCAAUGUACAAGUAGGUACCGUGAGGAGCGAUGGCCUGGUGGUGAGUAAAGGGAUACUGACCCUGAGAGAAGUUACCAUUAACACCCUGCAACCAAGAGCCAUCAUUGUGAGAGGAGCGGAGCUGAGGCUGGAGGACUCCGUCAUAAAUAACACCGGCGCCGACGGUAUCAUCCUAGAAAACGGCACCAUCGACCUGAAGAACGUAACAAUCGGAGGCUUUCCUCGUGUUUCUUUAAGGAUGGAGCGAGCUUCAGGAAUUGAGACACCUUUCUCCUUUGUCUUCUGUAAUGGUAAAGUAUCAACUAACUGGAUGUGGAUAGGGAUCGUUGUGGGCUUUAUCAUCGGUGUUGUGGUAACGAGUCUGGUCGGUUUCUUGGUGUUUUAUAUAAAAAUGAAAACCAAAAGAAGAACAGAUCAACAGGGGAUGGAACUCUUGCAACCGAAAGAGGUUUCCUUAUCGCCGUCAUCUCCGGCCCUUCAGUUAUCACAAGAACGUCAAGAACAGGACAACGCACACCGGCAGAACAAGACUGUUGACGAUAUCAACGAUCAGGAUGAAUAUGACGAUGUUACUAUUAAUAUGACUCACCAAUCUGUAUCCACAAACCACCCACCUCCACCCACAAACCACCCUGCACUUCCACCCACAAACCACCCUGCACUUCCACCCAAAGACCAUCCACCUCUGCCAACAGCUCUUCCACCUCCACGCACAAACCACCCACCUCCACCCACAAACCACCCACCUCCACCCACAAACCACCCACCUCCACCCACAAACUACCCACCUCCACCCACAAACAACUCUGCACCUCCACCUAACAACUCCUCAUUUUCACAAAUUAACCGUUCAUUUGCACCACCUGCCAAACUGUCAGUUAAGCCCAAGAUACCUCCUCCACUCCCGAUAAGGAACCAACCGCCCCUAGACACAGCCCCUUCAGACGACCGAGAUGCCCUACCAGCACCCCCAGCCCCCAUAGACGACGACCAGGAUCUAUACGACGAGUUGGAUGAAUUCGAGGUGAAGGAAAAACAGGAGGCGAGUCAGACGUCCAAUGUCACCAGCAAACCUCCUUCCUUCCUGCACACGGCUGUCAAACCGCCAUUACCUGGGGAAGGUAACAAUCCUUAUCCUACGAGACCUGCCCAUGGUCAGGCGGCCGUCCCUAAGGGACUUCCCGGGCGUCCCUGGCCACUACCCAAACAGUCCAACAAACCUCCGCCGCCCCCAGCAGUCACCAAGCCUUCUCCAGGAAACAGCGCUUCCCUAAGUUUUGACGACGACGAAAAUCUGUAUGAAGAACUAUAAAGAGGUCAUAUAUGAGAGAGAGAGAGAGAGAGAGAGAGAGAGAGAGAGAGAGAGAGAGAGAGAGUUCAUGUGGUUUAUACCCGCCAGUCAGUUAACCAGUUACUCAGUGAGGGUUAGCAGGUCAAGUCAAAGUUUACCAGUGAGUCAGUCAGUCACAGUUAACCAGUUAAUCAGUGAUAGUUAAUAAGUCAGUCAGUCAGGUUAAAGUUUACUAAUGAGUCAGUCACUCACAGUUAACCAGUUAGUUAGCCACGGUUACUCACUCAGUUAACCCAGUCAACCAGACACAGCAAACCAGUCAGUCAGUCAAACAGUCAUAUAUAUAUAUAUAUAUAUAUAUAUAUAUAUAUAUAUAUAUAUAUAUAUAUAUAUAUAUAUAAUGACUAAUU